CCAAACCAUGGAGUGAGUGAGUGAGUGAGUGAUUCCCCAGGUGGUUGGACAUUGUAACACGGUGGGAAGAAGACAACAUGAGGAUUUUCUGGAUCUUGGACUUGUGUUGGCUGUGGAUUAUACAUCGUGUGGCCUCGCAGGCAGUAUGUGCUGGGACUGAGAACAAGUUCAGCUCCCUGUCUGACCCCGAGCAGCAGUACCAGCAGCUGCAGAAGAUGUACAAUAACUGUGAGAUCGUCAUGGGCAACCUGGAGAUCACCAACAUCGACGCUAAACGCAACCUGACCUUCCUGAAGUCAAUCCGGGAGGUGACUGGCUACGUGUUAGUGGCUUUGAACCAGUUUGAGAAUCUGCCGCUGGAGAACCUGCGGAUUAUCCGUGGAACGACGCUGUAUGAGGAACGUUUCGCCCUCUCCCUCAUCCUGAACUAUCGCAAGGACGGAAUCCACGGCCUUAGGCAUCUCGACUUGAAACACCUGACAGAGAUCUUGUUGGGGGGAGUGUACCUGGAGAGCAAUAACUUCUUGUGUCACGCUCAGACCAUCGAAUGGAGGGAUAUCCUACGCAUGCCGCAGGCCGCCGUGGAGAUCAAAGAGGUGGAUUAUGCCACGAAGAAUUGUAGCCAGUGUGACCAUGUUUGUGAUAGUCAUUGUUGGGGACCUGGGGUGAAUAACUGCCAGACUUUAACGAAGAUCGUGUGCGCGCCUCAGUGUAAUGGCCGCUGCUUUGGCACCAACCCCAGCGAGUGUUGCCACGUUGAGUGUGCGGGCGGCUGUUCUGGGCCCAAAGACACCGACUGCUUUGCGUGUAGGCAUUUCAACGACAGCAACGCCUGUGUCGUGGUCUGUCCACAGCCGCUCAUAUACAACAAGCAGACUUACCAGCUAGAGCACAACCCAGACACCAAGUACAUGUACGGAGCGUUCUGUGUCCAGGAAUGUCCCCUGAACUUUAUCGUGGACCAGAGCUCCUGCGUCCGCACUUGUCCCAACGACAAAACCGAAGUGGAAAAGAACGGCGUGAAAAUGUGCGAGCCGUGCAGCGGCCUGUGUCCAAAGGCAUGUGAAGGUACAGGAACAGGGAGCAAGUACCAGACCGUGGAUUCCAGCAACAUUGAUCAGUUCAUCAACUGCACGAAGAUCACGGGAAACCUGGACUUUCUGAUCACCGGCAUUAACGGGGACCUGUAUCAUAAGAUCGACCCACUGGAUCCAAGGAAGCUGAAGGUCUUUGGAACUGUCCAGGAGAUAACAGGUUACCUGAACAUUCAGUCCUGGCCUGAAAACCUGACUGAUUUUAGCGUCUUCUCCAACCUCACCACUAUCGGAGGGAGAACCCUAUACAACCGUGGUUUCUCGCUGAUGAUCAUGCGGCUGAGUGGGGUGCGCUCUCUGGGGUUUCGCUCGCUGAAGGAGAUCGGGGCUGGCAAGGUUUACGUGGCCUUCAACCAACUCUUGUGUUACUAUCACACCCUGAAAUGGAAAUCCCUCUACCGCUCCUGGGACCCAAACUUCAAACCCGUCAUAAAGGAAAACCGUCCAGCAGAUGCCUGCAGGAAUGAAAACAAGACCUGUGACCCUCUGUGCUCCAGUGGUGGCUGUUGGGGUCCUGGCCCCGACCAGUGUCUGUCCUGCAAGAAUUACAGCCGUGAAGGCACCUGCGUGGAAUCCUGCCAUUUCCAGGACGGGGACCACCGGGAGUACAACAGCUCGACCAUCUGCAUCCAGUGUCACCCAGAGUGUCGGAGAAUGGAGGAAGGCCUCACUUGCAACGGAACGGGACCCGGGAACUGCAUCCGAUGUGCACAAUACAAGGACGGCCCCAACUGCGUGACUACAUGUCCGGAGGGGAUUCAGGGAGAGCGGGGGCUCAUUUACAAAUACCCGGACAAAAACCACGAGUGCAAGCCCUGCCACGAGAACUGUACCCAAGGGUGUCAAGGACCAGGUCCCGGAGGCUGUGGAGAGCCCAUCAAUAGGCGGAUUCCCCAGAUCGUCGCGGCGGUCAUAGGAGGGCUGGUGGUCGCGAAGCUCGUGUUCCUACUUGCCGUCAUUUACUGGAGGAGGCAGAUCAUUAAGAAGAAGCGAGCCAUGCGGCGAUAUCUGGAGACCGAGAUGCCUGAUCCCCUGGAUCCCAGCGGAGAAGCACCCAGUCAGAUUAACACACGGAUCCUGAAAGAGUCGGAACUUCGCAAGUUGACGGUCCUGGGGUCGGGAGUGUUCGGGACGGUCUACAAGGGUUUCUGGAUUCCUGACAGAGAAUCGGUGAAGAUUCCAGUAGCCAUUAAGGUGCUACAGGAGGAGCCGGGCCGUGAAACGACCAGGUCUGUUACUGAGGACAUGUUGAUGGUGGGCAGUCUGGAGCACCAGCAUGUGCUGCGGCUGCUGGGCAUUUGCCCCGGGGGUCCGCUGCAGAUCGUCACCCAGCUCCUGCCCCUCGGCUCGCUGCUCGAUUACACCCGCAAGAACGCGGAUAGCAUCCGGUCGCAGCUGCUUCUCAACUGGUGUGUCCAGAUCGCUAAGGGGAUGAAGUAUCUGGAGGAGAGGAAAAUGAUCCAUCGGAAUCUGUCAGCCAGGAACGUGCUGGUGAAAUCACCCAGUCACGUUCAGAUCACAGACUUCGGCAUCAUCAACCUCUUAGAGUUGGACGAGAAAAAAUACUUCUUCGAUGAAGUGAAGAUGCCCAUUAAAUGGAUGGCAUUGGAGAGCAUCCAUUUUAGAAGAUACAGCCAUCAAAGUGAUGUCUGGAGUUACGGUGUCACUAUAUGGGAGCUCAUGACAUUUGGUGGUAAACCGUAUCAAGGGAUCCCUGUUCGGGAAAUCCCUGGUCUCUUGGAGAAAGGCGAACGUCUGCCUCAGCCGCAAAUCUGCACCAUUGAUGUCUACAUGGUCAUGGUUAAAUGCUGGAUGAUUGAUGAGGAGAGUAGGCCCACGUUCAAAGAGCUUGGUGCUGAAUUUUCCCGGAUGGCUCGUGAUCCGGACAGAUAUCUAGUAAUUGAGGUUGAAGAUCAAGCCAACAACACGAUCACCAGUGAACAGAGAGCUCUGCAUGAGUAUGAUGAAGACCCUAUGGACUACGGUGACUUAGAUGAGGAAUUGAUGGAGCCUAUGUUGAACAACCCAACAUCUGUUGGAUCGAGACAGAGAAUCAACUCAAACAGGAGCAACAGCUUACCAGCAGGAUACAUGCCCAUGAAUGAGAUUGGUACAGAUGGGACCCGACAGACUGGGAUGAAGACCGGAGACCUGGGGUCCAAACCUUCUCUGAGAGUACGAAACGAGUCCACAACACGGACUAUCUCCGAGUCCUCGGAAGGGCGUGGCACCUCAUCAUCGCUGGAUUUCUAUGAAGAUAUAUCUCUGAACGGAACGCUACAGCCCCGGGAGUCCCGCUCACGUGACAGUAGUGCGCGUUUCUCCAAUGGCACCAACAUCAUGAUUUCUCUCUCUGAUGAAGCAGAGGUGGAUGUGAAUGGUUAUGUCAUCCCAGAGAGAAGCAACUCUACAGCUGGAAGUCUGAAGCCUGCCGGUGAAGUGGAUGCCUUGAAAAAGAAACCCAGCUCUGUGAACAAUCCACAAUCCUCUCACGAUCGCAUUGCACCUGACCCGAAACAAAGCAAAGAUCAGGAGUAUGAGUACAUGAACAAACGGACCUACCUCAAUGGCUGUGUGAAUGCUGUGCAGAAUCCAGAGUACCUGGAGGACACUACUGUGUUCGUGUCAGAGGGUGACAUCCUUGCCUUUGACAAUCCAGACUAUUGGCACAACAGCCUCCCAAUAAAAUCGGAAAUAAAGAGGACAUAGAAGGGCCACCAUUAGAAUCCUAAUGGGAUAGCUGACAACCUAAACACAAGUUGUUUUCUAUUCUGUUUGGGGUGGGGGAGAAAUCGGAGGCCAUUGAGCUUCUUUCUCAGGAUUCAUCAAUCGUGAGUUUGUGUUAUUCACGAUCCUGACCAAUUCACCUACCCAUAAUAAUUAUCGACUCAAAUACACGUUGGUCCAUGCCAAUGGGCGAAAUCUUCACAGUACUCAGGAUGCCAGUCAAACUAAGGAAACUAUUAUCCUGUGCCUCGUGGAACAUACUGUGCAUGGAAUGAGAAUUGUCCUGUUGAACCCAUACAUUCAGUGAAUAGAGCACUUUGGAUGCAGAGCAGAGGACCGGGUAACUUUAUUGCAUCUCACCAGUUCAACAAAAAUGCUUCAACAUUGGGAAUAAAGGAACAGAACUGCUGAUCUUUUCAGUGAAAGUGGUCCCUGGCUUUUCAAGGGUGUUGAGCAUCCUGUAUUUGGGACUUUCUCCCGACAUGAAAGGUACUAUACAAAUGCAAUUUGUUGUUAUUGUGUUCUGUGCAACACAUGGGGAGGUCAUGUUAAAAGACGUUUAGGAAAGUUAUGAGGCUAACCUAGCAAACCAAUGUACUGCAGAAUACAAGCCGCCCCACCCACCCGGAAAAAGAUUUAUCUGCACUGGACCAUACGCUAAAUAAUUAUUCCUGCCCAAAAGGCAAGAAACUGCAGAUGCUGGAAAUCUGAAACAGGAACAGAAGUUGCUGGGAACAUUCAGCAGGUCAGGCAGCAUCUAUGGAGAGGGAAGUGAGUUAACGUUACAGAACGAAAGUCAUUGACCCGUAACGUGAACUUAUUUUCCUCUCUGCAGAAAUGCUGCCUUACCUGCUGAAUGUUCCCAGCGACUUCAAUUAUUCCUGCCCUCUUACCUGUCUGUAUUGAAGAACAGCCAUUCGCCACUGUUUGUAUAUAAUGGCAAAACUGUAGCAUACUGUUUUAAGAGAGAUCACUUGUUCAGUCACAGAGAGCAGGUGGAAUCCAAUUAUAAUGUCCACCCUUGAAAGAUGAGUCCUGGGUUUGGACUUGAGGUUGUGUCAAAUGAUGUAAGGGUAAAAUUAAAUACUUGGGCUAAACAGUCAGCAAGGACUAGCAAUCAUAUACAACUGAAUCCCUUUGGCUGGCCUCUUUGCCAGCAUUGAAUAGUAACACUUGAGGUUGGAUUGUGGUCCUGAUGUCUCGGUCUAGGCAGGUAAAAUUGAUGGGUGAGAGGUGAGUGCCUUUAUUCCUGUCAUUACAUUUGCCACAAUUUACGAUUACAUUUUUGAAGAGCCUAGGUCUGAAGUGCAGUACAUUUUAUCAAUCAUUUUUGAAAAUUAAGGACUGUAAUAAAUAAUUAUUAUGUAAAAUGGCUAUUAGAAUCUCCAAUAUCAGUAACGGCUCGUGGAAAGAGUGGAUACCCAGCAGGAUCUGGGUAUAGUUAUAGUGAUUUGUUGCCUACAAAAUGUUCUGACCAUGUAAUUUGACCUCUCCUGCAUCAGUGUAUAUAUAGUCAGUCUAAAUCUAGACACCCUAAAAUAAUUUUUUUUAAAAAAUUCACAUCCAAAGAUUUUAUUGAAGUUCUACAUUAAGCUUUUAAUAUGCAAUUUCAAAAUUCCUUACAAUUUGUUUACACUGACUUGAGUAUUAGGGAAUCCGACUCCCUUGUAAAUCUGUCUUCCCUCUGAGUGCUUGAUGAACUCAUUUGCACAUUCAGGGACAACCGUGAUAAUUCAAUAUAGUGCCUUAAAAACGUCGAACCGUCUUAAAGCGCUUCACAGGUAAUUACUGUAAACUGUAGUGAGGUAUUGUGAACUCUUCCAUACCAUCCACCCACUUCCUCCACUGCUGUGUAGAAUAGGAUGAAAAACUCGGAUGAAAUUAAAUCACAAAUUCUUUCUUUAUUCUCAAAACAGAAAUUAGAUACUUGAAGAGAAUGAAAUGUGGUUGAUCAGCAGUUUGACUAGAUAGUUCUGAUCAGGGGAUGGUAAUCCUAGAUCCAUUGCAAUUCUUUUGUAGAUAUUUUUAUAAAAAUAGAUUCUUUGUCUAUCUCAAAUGAAGCAGCAGCGGUAACUAUAAGAGCCAAAUUAUGUCUAUUCCUAUUGAUAAUACUGAAUACCACAAUCUACUGAUUCAAAUGCAACUUCUAACUCAGCAUGGGUUGACAAUGUCAUCUGUAACCCCCCCACUUAUUGGAACCACAGAAAUACCACCAUCGCCAAGACGGCAGGACAAAUUUGAGUACUGCUAUGGAGGACAGCAGGGAUGAGGAAUCUCUGUAGCAUCCCUCUGUCACCGGGGUGGUUAAGAGCUUUGCAUUGGUGCUGUCUCUGGACAAAUGGAACUGUGGAAAAGGGGACUGACUUUAUCAUUCUUCCAGGAAUCAACUGCGGGUCCCACUGAGUGCUCUGUUUACUUUUUUAAAAAAAUGUUUUUAAAGUAAUAAAACAUUACGAUGUUGAACAAAU